AUCCGCCAUUAGAUUGUCUCCGAGUUUUUAGCUCGCAAAGUGUUUUUUCACAUUCAAAUGUCACAGAAAACCCAUUUUAUGAUUGGUUUACCUUCAAGUCGACAAUUUAUGACUACGACCACAGUACACGCUAUCAUCAUCCUCGUGACCUCGGCCUCUCUCUGACCUUUCACUUCUCUGUAUACUCAAAGCUCGCAGACAUUCGUCCUCACUCUGCACUGAAAGCACCGUUUUAAGUCUGUAGCGUUAAAUGUGCUUGCGUCAAAUUUGAAGCUUUUGUGGUAAUUUUGGAUGGGACACUGAAUGGGGUCUCUGGAAACCGGGAUUCCAUUGAAGAGAGACAACCUUUUCCGCUCUAACUCAUCUGGUAGAACCGAGAGAAACCCAUUUUUACAGAGACCCAGAUCGAGGUUCUCAAGGUUUUUGCUUUUCAAGAAGCUAGAUUACCUCCUAUGGAUUUGUACGAUGGUCGUGUUCCUAUUCUUUGUGGUGCUCUUCCAGAUGUUUCUGCCUGGUUCUAUGGUUGAAAAGUCAGGGGCUUCAUUCGAAAAUGAAAUGGAAGUGAGUUACGGGGAUUUGAACAUUUUGAAGGAGAUGGGUGUGUUUGAAUUUGGGGAGGAUGUUCGAUUUGAGCCUACUAAGCUUUUGGAGAAGUUUCAGAAAGAAUCUAGGGCGGCAAAUCUGCAUUCUUCUGCUUUCAACAGGACACUACAGCGUUUUGGGUGCAGAAAGCCCCGGCUUGCAUUGGCUUUUGCAGAUCUGUUGGUUGAUUCACAACAAUUACUGAUGGUGACAGUUGCAGUUGCUUUGCAGGAGAUUGGCUACGAAGUACAGGUUUUCUCACUCGAAAAUGGUCCUGUGCGUGAGAUUUGGAGAAAAAUUGGAGUUCCAGUCACCAUUAUUCAAACAUGUGACAAGACAGAGAUUGGUGUAGAUUGGUUAAUCUAUGAUGGCGUAAUUGUGAGCUCUUUUCAAUCCAAAGGUGUCUUUUCAUGUUUUGAGCAGGAACCUUUCAAGUCAUUACCUCUUAUAUGGACCAUCCAUGAAAGAUCGCUAGCAAUUCGUUCAAGAAAAUAUAUUUCAAGUGGGCAGAUUGACAUCUUAAAUGAUUGGAAAAGGGUCUUCAACCGAUCCACUGUUGUUGUCUUCCCAAACUAUGUCCUUCCGAUGAUUUACUCCACAUUUGAUGUUGGGAACUUUUUUGUUAUCCCGGGUUCGCCUGCUGAAGCAUGGGAAGUAGACACAACAAUAGCAUUACAAAAUGAUAAUAUGCGUGUCAAGAUGGGUUAUGAUCCUGAUGAUACUGUUGUGGCAAUUGUGGGAAGCCAAUUUUUGUACAGGGGUUUGUGGCUGGAGCAUGCGAUUGUUUUACAGGCUUUAUUACCAGUUGUUCUGAACUUUCCAUUAGAUAAUAGUUCCAAUUCUGAGCUCAAAAUUAUUGUUCUAAGUGGGAAUUCAACAAGUGACUAUGGUGUGGUUAUUGAGGCAAUUGCUCUUAAAUUGAAAUAUCCAAGCGGCAUUGUGAAGCAUAAAGCUCUUGAUGUGGAUGCAGACGAUAUUUUAGGCAUGGCUGAUCUUGUAAUAUAUGGAUCCUUCCUUGAAGAGCAGGCUUUUCCAAACAUCUUGAUAAAAGCCAUGUGCUACGGGAAACCAAUCAUUGCCCCAGAUAUCUCCAUGAUAAGAAAAUAUGUUGAUGACAGGGUGAAUGGCUUUCUUUUCCCGAAGGAGAAUAGUAGGGCUCUGACACAAGUCAUAAAGCAAGUGUUCUUUAAAGGAAAAGUAUCACCACUAGCUCGCAAUAGUGCCUCACUAGGAAGAAGCACUGCAAGAAACCUGAUGGUUUCAGAAGCCGUUGAGGGAUAUGCUUCACUCCUUGUAAAUGUCCUCAAGCUCCCAUCAGAAGUUGCAUCUCCCAAGGAUGUUGCAGAAAUCCCUCCAAAAUUGAAGGAAAAAUGGCAAUGGAAUCUAUUUGAAGCAGUAUCAAAUUCAACAUAUAUGGACAUCACUUCAAGAAGUUACACAUUUUUAGACAAGUUUGAGCAGCAGUGGAACCAUACUCAAAGGGAAAGAUCUAGUGCUAUAAAUGCUGCUAAUGAGUUGUUUUUGUAUAGCAUAUGGGAGGAUGAGAAAAGCAUUGAGAUGGUUAAUGCCAGAAAACGAAGAGAGGAAGAAGAGCUAAAGGAUAGAACUGAUCAAGCUCAUGGGACCUGGGAGGACGUAUAUCGAAGUGCUAAAAAGGCGGAUAGAUUUAAGCACGAUUUGCAUGAAAGGGACGAAGGCGAGCUUGAAAGGACUGGUCAACCAUUAUGCAUUUAUGAACCUUACUUCGGAGAGGGUACAUGGCCUUUCCUACAUGUGUCGUCACUUUAUCGUGGGAUUGGGCUGUCUAAAGGCCGGAGACCUAGGGCAGAAGAUGUUGAUGCACCUUCUCGUCUACCACUUCUUAGUAAUACGUACUAUCGAGAUAUACUUGGUGAAUUUGGAGCCUAUUUUGCAAUUGCAAAUCGGAUUGACCGUGUACAUAAGAAUGCUUGGAUAGGGUUCCAUUCUUGGAGAGCAACAGCGAGGAAGGUAACUUUGUCCAGAAUGGCUGAAAAUGCACUGGUAGAUUCUAUCCAAGCACGGAGGCACGGGGAUGCCCUCUACUUUUGGGUGCGCUUGGAUUCGGAUCCACGAAAUUCUUUGCAGCUGGACUUUUGGUCAUUCUGUGAUGCUAUAAAUGCUGGAAAUUGCAAGUUCGCAUUUUCUGAGGCUCUUAAGAGAAUGUAUGGCAUAAAGCACAAUUUGGAUUCUUUACCAUCCAUGCCUAUAGAUGGUGGCACAUGGUCUGUCAUGCACAGCUGGGCUUUGCCAACUAGAUCCUUCCUUGAGUUCGUGAUGUUUUCUAGAAUGUUUGUGGAUGCCUUGGAUGUGCAUAUGUAUGACGAGCACCAUUCAAGUGGACGCUGUUAUCUGAGUUUGUUCAAAGAUAAACAUUGCUACUCACGGCUUCUUGAGCUACUUAUAAAUGUUUGGGCGUAUCACAGUGCGAGGCGGAUGGUGUAUGUAAACCCUGAGACGGGUGAGAUGCAGGAACAUCAUAGAUUUGACAGCCGUAAAGGUAAAAUGUGGAUUAGAUGGUUUUCAUAUGCGACACUAAAGAGCAUGGAUGAGGAUCUGGCGGAGGAAGUAGACACUUUGCACCCUACUAGGCGGUGGUUGUGGCCAUCAACUGGUGAGGUGUUCUGGCAAGGUGUGUAUGAGCGAGAACGGACUUUACGCCACCGGCAAAAAGAAACUAGGAAGCAAAGGAGCAAGGAAAAAAUCGAUAGAAUUCGGAGGCGAACACACCAAAAAGUGAUAGGGAAGUAUGUUAAGCCCCCACCGGAAUCAAACAGCAGCAUGGUAGGGUAAAAUAUUGCAUGAAAUGGGGUUUUGGCAUCAUUUAAAGUAGUGUAAUUUUCUAAUUCUUUUCUUUGUAAUUUUUUUUUUCUUUAUCGUGUAAUUUUUGCCUGGAAGGAUGCAUCAAUUUGUAUUUUGUAUGUGGCGGUUUUGUAUGUAAAACUGCAUCCUUCUGGUCAUUGAUGGUAUUUAAGGCCAAAAUGUAAUAUAAUUGACCAUUUUUCGCUCU